GGACAAGGCCGCAUCCGCCAUCCUCCAUUGAUUCAUCUCCCUUCCUUUGCUUGAGAUUCCUCAACCUCUACAUCUCUCUCCUCCAAUCCCCUCCUCUCUCUCUAUCUCUCUUCCCGGCCUGUGCAGAGACGGAGGCAGGAUAGGCCGGCGAGCAAAGGUACUAAAGAUCAUAUCUCUUCAAACUGGUUAGGAAGCUUACUUAAUGAAGACACAAUUGGAUUGAUUUUAGUGGCCAAACCCAAGCCAACAUACAGACUGUGCGCAUAUGGCUACUCGCAUUCCUGGUACUGUAGCAGCUAGCGGGGUGUACUACAAUGAUCAAUACAGAAUGCCAUGUAAGCUGAAAGGAAUUCAUUGCAUGGCAUUGAAUUGUAUACCGCAAAAAGCGAAGGUAAGGAAGUGCAUGAAUGGAUAUCAAUCAACAUUCAGGUUUUGUGUAAAUGAGAAAAAUGGACAAACCACCGGGCAGUCAAAUGGUUCCUUGAUCCAACAAGGCCAGAAUUUCCGGUGUCAUUCUUAUGGUUCUCAUAACAGCAGUGAAACUAAAGAGUGCAGCCUUGAAGAUGGCACUGAUUCAUACAGGGAUUUUGAAGAACAUUCAAGAGGAGCCUCCCAAUUUUCAGAUAAUCAAGUUGCAGCAAAGAAAAAAUCAGUCAAAUCUAGUCAAGGGUUGGCUGAAGCUUGCAAAUUUGUUUACAACGAUGCAAAAUUUGUGAAUGAAAGAGCUCAAAAUGAUAUUCUCUUGCUUUCACGUGGCAUAACAAGGCUGAACAAACGUGCGUGCCAGGAUGUUGCUGUUUUAGGGUCAGGAUUUCUCAAGCUUGAUGCUCGUGCAAGGAAGGACACUAAAAAAAUUGACCACAGUGUGAAGGAAAGGGCAGCGCGGCUUACCCAUUUUGCGAGAAUAUUAAAGGAACAGGCUCAGUCAGACUUGAAGAAAGCAGCAGAUCAGCAUUGGAGCGAUGGUGCUUUGGAGGCAGAUCUGCGACGAGCUGACUCGGUUGUUAGACGACGUGCCAUGGAAGAUGCUUUCAUGGCUUUAAAGUUUGUUCGGGAUAUCCAUGACAUGAUGGCAAACAGAUUACAAGAGCAAUUCGCAAAGGAUGGUUCCUCUUCUCCUGCUAAUUCAAGAAGUUUCAUCACCCUUGAGAAAAAUGGAAAUACCUUCGAGCUGUUUCCUCAUGAAGUUUCAACGGACCAGAUUACCGCCAUAGAGCAAGCAUACUGGAGUAUGGCAUCUGCGUUGUCUGAGGCUGAUGGUAUCGACUACACAGAUCCUGAGGAGCUUGAGUUGUUAGUAGCAACUCUCAUUGACCUGGACGCCAUGGAUGGGAAAAAGAGUGUUUCCUUACUUGCUGAAUGUUCAAGCUCUCCAGAUGUUAAUACCAGGAAAGCUUUAGCUAAUGCACUGGCUGCAGCUCCAUCCAUGUGGAUUCUUGGAAAUGCUGGGAUGGGUGCAUUACAGAGAUUGGCUCAAGAUUCCAAUUAUGCUGUAGCCAGGGCUGCAACAAGAGCCAUCAAUGAACUCACAAAGCAAUGGGAGCUUGAAGAAGGUGACAGCCUGAGGUUUGUACUGAAUCAAAAUAUGGUUUCUAAAGAGACAGCCGAUGACAGUGCAGCAGCAGAUGACACCAGGUGAUCAUGUGCAAAUAAGAAGGAAAAAAUUACACUAGGAUUAACAGAAACUUAUACAAACAUCACGUUUCAGAGCAUAUAUAUGGAUAAGGUGAAUGUCUAUCUCUGUCACAGUUUCAGAGCAUAAUGUGCUGCUUGGUAUCAAACCAGAUCACCAGAAUCAUCAGAAUGACAGAAUGCAUGUAACUGACACAUCUUUUCAGUGCCAAACUGCCAAAGAAAUUAGGAACUGGUGUAAAGAUAAAUGUAUUCCUUCAGUAAGACAUAGUCAAUAGUGUUAGAAUAAUUGGGCUAGGCCCAACUUAUCCUAUUAAA